CUCACCGUGUUACUUCAAGGUGGACGGCGCCUUUCUGUCUCUUACGUGUAUCGUGUGCGGGUGUAUGUACCAGAGCAGCGUGUUCCUUUCGAUCGUGAGAUCUGACUCGCGUACUCGCGUGAAUCGGCGCACCUCACGCGAACGUGCCGGACAGCGGAGUGUAGAGAGUAGAAGAGAAACAGUGACGCCCCGCCGAAAGUGCUCCGAAAUUUACUCCGCGAGUCUUUAUCGUCCCGUGGGUAGGCGACGUAGUGUAAACUUGUAUAUAGUGUAUACGGCGCGCGCGGCCAACUCAAAGCGGACGAGCGCGCGACACAUGAGGAGGAGGCGAACUCGCGGCGCGAGUUCGGACGAAGAGGAGAAGCAGCCAGCGGCCACCAGUAUAAAUCUCCUACGGGGAAUGCAGCUUCGGGAUCGUCGCCUGCGGCCGCGGACGGCCGCCACGCUUCGAGAGACAUGACGCGAUGAUCGUCGAGGCACCUGGUGCAUCCGCCCUGAUCGCCGCACCACCACGCCGCCGACGCCGUCGUCGCCGCCGCUCGCGUCCUCUCCUCUCUCUCUCUCUUUCUCUCUUCUCUCUCUCUCUCUCUCUCUCUUGUUCUCUCGCGCCCCGUGUGUGUAUCGUGUACCGCCCGUAGCACCGGCCCCUGCAGAGUGUGACGGAUAAGUUUCUCGUCGUGAAAACGCGCCAGCCAAAACGGGAAUCAUGGGUGAUGUGCACGGGCUUCUUCUAGUUAGUGACCUCGGCCAGGAGGAUAUCGCCUGGGACGACGUCGGGACAUCGGCAGCCGUCAACAUUGCCACGCUCCGCGGGAAAUAUUACGGGCAAAACUACGAGUCACUGGAGCGUCGUCAACACAAUGCCGAGGCUUCGCUUUCUUCUACACGGCAUCGCCGAAUCACCGCGAAGCAAUCUAAGCUGAAUUUCGACGUUUUCAGAACGUAUUUGAGCAAUCGGCAGAGAAGUGAACAACAAAAAACACACGUAACGUCACAACGCAGCUUCACCGUUAUUGGCGUUCUCCACCUGCUCGUCUUGGUUGGCCUUUUCGCUCUCGGCACAGCCGAGGCGCGGACUUUUUGCCCUAACGGCUGUACCUGCGACGAUGACACCUUAGUGGUUUCCUGUGUGGGUGCCAAUUUGGAUGUGAUACCUAUUGCGUUGAAUCCCAGCAUCCAGCGAAUAGUGUUAAAGGAGAAUCGCAUCAAGAUCGUGGACGCAGCAGCCUUCCAAUUCUAUGGUGAUCUGAAGAACGUCGAUCUCUCUAGCAACCAUCUGUUCACUAUACCUAACGGCAGUUUUGAUGCUCAACGACACCUUGUGGAGCUCCAUCUGAAGCAUAACAAAAUCUCGGCGCUGACCGAGAAGACGUUCCAGGGUCUCAAAUCCCUUACGGUGUUGAAUCUGCGAGAUAACUACCUGGAGACGCUAAAGAACGGCCUGUUCGCCUACUUGUCGAAGCUCGAGGAGCUUGAUUUGGGUCAGAAUCGCAUAUCGAAAGUAGAACCAGGCGCGUUUCAGAAAUUAGGCACUCUACGGGUACUAUAUCUCGAUGAUAAUCAAUUGCGAACUGUUCCAUCGUCAGCCCUGGCACCAUUGAAUGCCCUCGCCGAGCUUCAUAUCGGUUGGAACGCUUUUUCUUCAUUGCCGGACGAUGCGUUCAAAGGUCUCGAGCAAUUGGCUGUGCUAGACAUCAUGGGCGCCGGUUUGGACAACAUCAGCGAUGGAGCGUUUCGUGGCCUGAAUGCUCUCCGUACCUUGAAACUUGGCGCUAACAAACUGCGCGAAGUACCGACGAAACAAUUAGCGGUGUUGCCACGCCUUGAGGAGCUUACUUUAGGCCAGAACUUCUUCACGAUCCUGCGAUCAGGAGCCUUCCAAGGUCUAUCAACGUUGAAGAAGCUCGAUGUAUCCGGCGCCAAGCUACUUACUACCGUGGAGAAGGGAGCCUUCUCAGACAACGCUAAUCUAGAGACUCUUGUAUUAAACAGCAAUAAACGGUUGGCUGUUAUGGAGGAAGGUUCUUUGGCCGGCUUACCAAAUCUGAGGCAUCUAAUGCUACGUGACAAUGCCUUUAUCACAUUCUCGGAAUCGCUGGUCGCCUGGAACGAACUGCGCCGUCUGGAUCUCAGUGAGAAUCCAUUAGUAUGUGACUGCAGUCAAUUAUGGCUGGCUGAGAUACUCGUCCCGAGAAACUCAAGCCCAGUGCUAUGCGCCGAACCGCCCGAAUCCAAGAGCAAGUCCAUCAAGGGUAUGACCGCAGACGAGCUAGGAUGCGCCUUUUCGGAUUCGCGCAAGCAGGUUCUGCUGGUGACGGUGUGCACCACAGGACUAGGCCUCUUCUUUGGUCUUAUAAUACUCUUAUAUUACCGAUAUCGCAGACGCGUGCGAGACGCGCUCAAAGAUUACAAGUGGAAGAACCGUGCGAUAUCACGAAAAGAGCAUGAGUACCAGAAGACCUUCUCCGAUGACGAAUACAUUGUCCGUUCGGCACACGCCCAUCAUCAUCACCAUCAUCAUCAAACACCACCAUCUCAGCCGGUGCCCACGCAUCACCAUCAUCAUCACCUUCAGCAACUGCAACAGCAACAACAGCAACAGCAGCAGCAUGCUCAGAUAGCAGCCGGUAUCAAGCCAAUACCGGUGACGGAGCUCACCACCCUCGCCGAGGGCUUCACCUACAUCGACGGUGAGACAGCGCGCCAGAUGCGCCGCCCGGGGACGCUGCCCGUCACGAACAACGCGUCCGGUCACCGCGGAGCAGGAGGAGGAGGAGGAGGUGGAGGAGGUGGUGGUAGUGGAGGAGGUGGAGGUAGCGGAACGGGAGGAGGGGUCAGAGGAGUCGUAGACGAUGGUACAGCAUCGCUAAGCGCAGCGUCGAUCGACGGAGUCACAUCUAACAGCGCGAGAUCCCAUUACUCCAGUCACUCCCUGCGCCGUACGCCGCAUUCGCAACCGCAACUCUCUGCCAGAGAGCCGGACGAUCGGAUACGGACUCUGGAGUCCGGACUUCAAAACGGAAUCCCAGCCGGUGGCCGUCAUCAGUCGUCACCGCCACCGCUACCCUCCAGGCAUCAGCCCAACUGCGGCCAGUCCUCGUAUCCCACUCUACCGGUCAACGGCUACGCUGCUCAUCACUAUCAUCAUCACACAAGAGAGCGGGAGAAAGAUAGGUCGUCCGUUCGCGAAAGAAAUCGUGAGCGAGACGGCGGUCCACCACCACCUCCACCACCGCCACCGGUAACGUCGCACCGAUCCGAUAAACACAGGGAGACCCAACUGGAGAUGGAGUUGCGCGACAACCUGGACAUGGGUGUGAUUGGCACGUACCGAGCGUAAAUCGGACGCGUCACAUGGCAAACAAGAUCUGUAGUCCAGAAAAAACGUGAUUCUAUGAUUAUUAUGGACUCCUCCGUUGUGUUUCACAUAGUAUGGAGAAAUUGACAAUUUGAAAAGAUGAAGGAGAUCAGCGGAGACCAAUCAGAAGAAAGUUCCUUUCGUCGCGCAAUAUAAAAAGAAUGAAAACUAAUAAAUGAAAUAAUGAAAUAAUAAAACGGAAAGAAGACCAUGCUGACGAAGAAUAUCAAGAAGCGAGACCAAAAAAAUCGCACUAAAGUGUAAUCGCCAUAUCGCCACGAUAUACAAUCUAUUCAAGACUUUUAUUCGUAUACGAUCGAAAUAUUAGUAUCAUCGUGGAUCGGCCAUCAUAGAUCAAUUUCACGAUCAGUCGAAAGCCAACGAUCGUGCUA